GCAACAGGUGUCCAGAUGCACCGUCACACAAGCUUUCCCAUCUGUUGGUAAUCCGAUUUGAAGGCUAGCAAGGUCAUCGGUUGAAUCCUCAUAAGAGCAGCCUGAGAGACGUCUUAAACAGAAAGCCUGGGAGGGAUUCAUCGACCGGACGCCGCUUUUUCAGAAGCAACGCGCUGAAUGUGCCAGAUCAACCUAACAGGUUACUACAAAUAAAAGCCUUUUUCUCUCAACAAACUUGUGUUUAAUUCCGCAUUCCGAUUCUGCCGCAAAGCCAGGCAAAGACAUCCAUUAAACCUGCGCAGAUCCACCCAUCACGUUCUGGAGAUGGAGUCCCUCUUGUCGCUGGGUGCUCCUCUGAAGCAGUUCACCAGCUGCAUGUCCGGCAAAAAAACUUCCACCAAGAGGAGCCAGUCGGUCCGCAGAUGCAGUUUCACUCGCAGGAAGAGCAUCAGCAGGAGGAGAAGCCUCCCCUGCAGCAACCAGAAAGUCCCAGACUCCUGGCUCAGAGCGUAUCAGGAUGAACUGAAGAAGGAAAGGAAACGUCAGCAAGCCAUUCUAGCCAAGAAGAAUGCAGAAAGAACUGUGAGAAAAACGCACUUCAGGAGCCACCACUGUCUUCCAAGGCACAGCGCUGCUGCCAGGAAACCAGCACCAGUGAAGGACGAGUCCUUCUUCGGAGCCUUCCAGGGCCUCAGUCUGGACGGACUGAUGGGAGGUGCUGCUGGGUCUCCUGUGUCCGCUCCCACUGCAGGUGGAGAUCCGUGCAAAGUCAUGUGAUGUGAAACAUUAAAGGACGAUUAAAAGCUUGAAACGUUUUUCUCGCAAAGAAGACUUGGAGGAAAGGGAUCGGGACUAAAAAUGACUGAAUAUUGAAAUUGAAAAAUGAAUUCACUUUGUGUAAGGAAUGAAAACCGGUAUGACGGCUUUAUUCUUCCUUUGUAGCUACCGUUGUCUCAUGUCUGAUAUUUUUGUACA